GAAUUUUCGUGGAGUGUCUCAGAAUACGGAAUAGCCCUGCAUGAUGAUUAGUAAAGUGAUUUUUAAAGAUUGCAUGAAAAGAAAAAAGUGAGAAAAUCUGAGAUACAAGUUGACCAAACCGUGGAGUUAAUGAGUUUUCAUUCAACUUUAUGUUCACGGAUAUCUGAACACGGAGAACCUCCAGGGUUGAAAAGACGGGAGAGAGAGAUUUCCAUCCGGAAUUAGAAAUCUCUGCAGUACAGUCACAAACCCUAGAGAAAAAGGGAGAAUGUUGCAGGAUUAGUUUAUCAAGUUUAUCUCAUUCAGUUCUAACUUCUGCAUGGAUUUACUGCAGUAAAUAAUCCUUCAAGCAGACAGACAAAUAAUAUUGAUGAAAAGGAUAGUUUCCUAGAUAUUCCAAGAAGAGAAACUUUGUGAAUUUUCUUUCUAAUUUCCGUCCUAUCAUGAGAUUGAAUGAAGAAGGACAGGUUCUCCUGGGGGAUCCAGGGGUAGACGGGUGCAGGGACAGGUUAAAGGAGUUUGAGUUUAACGAUGAGAUCGGAGUCCCUGGAGCACUAAAACCGGAGCCAAGAAGUUCGGAUUCUAAACUCAAGAGCAAGGAUCUUAAAUCCUCCAGCAUAGGAUUGAUUAAAGAACAUUUAUCAGUUUCCAAACAUAAUCCUGAGAAAUCCCAUCAGAAGCCUGUACAUGGAUCCUUGCAGGCUCAAGGAACUCAACCAAAGGCUUUUGUAUCUUCAGCCCUACCUAGUAAUGUAUACGGAGCAACCCGUACUGUCCAAGCCAAUCCCCCACCUGGAUCUCAAUAUACUGAUAAAUCCUCACAUAGAAACUGGUCUCAACCUACACCUAAACAAAAUACACAGAAUAGAGACAAUUGUUACUCCGCUCAUGAGAAACCUCGUCUUGAGAAUGCGUACCUUGCUAGCUCAGGGUCUCAUCCAACCCAACCUAGAGUCAGCUAUUCAAGUGUACCAGGAGACCAACGAAACCUUACGUAUAAAGUCGGAUCCUCUGGAUUUUCACAUCUUGAUAAAAUACCAGGGUUGAGUCAGGUUCAUAUUAAAGAGGAAAAGGUAUUAGGUUCAGGUUUACUCCGAGGAGAAACACAAGUCAAUUCCUAUGUUAGGGAUGAAUCUAGCUCCGGUCAAUCUAAGCAGGGUCCGACGGAAGACCGUGGGAUUAAAAGAGAACAUUCUCCGUCUCGUUCCAACCCUGAAUAUCAGGCCAAGAAUGAAGGAGGUGUGACGGAGACUAAUCCUGCUCCGACCUUCUCCUUCUCUACAGGUCUACGGAAAACCAACAGAGAGGUGGACGGAUUACCUGGCGAGGGAUCAGAGAAGGAGGCAAGCACAAUGACGGAGCCAGUAUUUAGUGUAUUCGGAGGAGCAGGAGGAAUCGGAGGAGCAGGAGGGAUCGGAGGGAUGGGUAGGAUUAAUCUCGACGGAUUAAUACUCAGUGAAACAGAUGGAGGUUAGAUUUUAGUUUAUUCG